CUAAAUUAUUUCAUACGUGUAAUAUUUCGACAGCAAAUUAUAAUCGGAGGAAGCACUGACUAGCCAGCGUAAUCAAUCCAUGAGCUGUUCCUCUCUCCUUGCUUGCACCAGCUAUCUCAGCUCAUCUGCUCUCCUUUUAAAGCCCAGAGCAGCUGGCUUAGCUUAAGCCCUCCUAAUUCAGCUCCAGCUCCUGCUAGCUAAAUUCUUCAACAUCUUGUUCGAUCUUGUUUAAAUUGGAUGGGGUUCCCGGCGGUGGGGUACUCGGGGAUGCCACGGCUGCUGCUGCACUUGCUCUCCCUCCUCUGCCGCCUCUCCUCGUGGCUCCUCCGCCUCACCGGCGCCCUCGACGUCGACUACAAUUACAUCAACCAUCAUCCCGCCGGCGCCGAUGCCGACGACCACCACCAGAUGCGGGAGGAGCUGCUGGACGCGCACUCCCCGGCGGUGCGCUUCGACGCGCUCCCCCUCGUCUCCUCCAGCCCCGGCGAGAUCCUCCUCCCCGAGGGCUGCGCGGUGUGCCUGGCCGACUUCCACGGCGCCGCCCGGGUCCGCCGGCCCCGCGGAUGCCGCCACGUGUUUCACCGCGCCUGCCUCGACCGCUGGGCUGGCCACGGCCGCGGCACCUGCCCGCUCUGCCGCGCGCCGCUCCUCCCGCCGCCGGCGACUGGCCAUUGAUUGUUUUUUGCUUGGUUGGUUUCUCGCAGAGCAGAGUGCAGAAUGCAGACAGGCCCUGAGGAGAGGGUCUGGGUCCAAUUGGUCGCUUCCGCUUGGGCCUUUACGGGAAAGGACCCUACCGGAGCCUGUUUUACGGAUUGCCCCCUCGCUCGGGGAGAUUAUUGCUCAACAGUCCUCAAUGAAGUUCCUGGUUUGGAGAGAUUGUUGAUCAUGCUGCCAACAAAGGAAGGAGGACUGCCCCCUCGUUUGAAGAGAUUUAUUGCUCAAUUAUCCCCAAGGAAGGGAAGGAGUUGAGCUCAUGGUUUGAAAUUUUUAUUGAAACUGGCCGGAAUGGGUUUGCAUGCAUUUUGCAACGACUCCAGAGCAAAAUCAACACAAGAAGAACAAGAUAUGUGUAUGUAUACAUAAAUAAAUAUAGAUUUAGAUUUAGGGAAAUUACUUAGUGUUGUAGUAAAAUAAAACCCCUAUAUGGGUCGGGCCGUAAAUCCUGCGUGGCGACGACUGGGUCAACAUUUCCCAAGCACGAGUCAAGACGCUCACGUGGCACGAUCAAUCCUACGUGGCAAAAGAAUACAAGUCAACAAGUCAAAUCUCUCAUGUCAUGGUCAAAGGAUCAAAUGAGUUAGAAUAGAGAGCAAGAGAGGUGUGAGGAGGGAGCCCUUAAUCCAUGAUGGACCAUGGACUAAGUCCCACUUUUCCCACACGGUGCACACAAAAGCUAUGGACUAAGAAGCUACUUUUACCAUUUUGCCCUCACUUUUCUCUCUCCCCCAAGGGUAGCCAUGGUCUUUUGUCAUGGACCCCUAAGCUAUAAAUAUCUUCCCAUGAGGGCAUGUACCAUUCACUCUCGUUUGAAUAAACUCAAGGGGAGAGGGCUAGAGAGCCUCUUUGAGA